AUGUGCUUCUAAUACUCAAAUCCCAAUCUCUAAGAUAACAACUCAAUCCUAUUUGGAAUGGGAUUUCUUAGUUUUCCCACAUCUACCCCUUUUCUAGUCUAGAUUCAGACCUUCUAUGCUUAGAACUCCCUUCUUUGAAUCAAUUUUGAACUCUUCUUUUGUGCCUCUUGUUGAUGACUUUCAAUCUCCGUAAAUUUCUUCAAAACUUGAGUAGAUUUAGGGAUAAGUCAAGGAAAUUUUUGUGAUUUUUCUGUUUUGAGAGGGGCUGGCGACGGGGCAAAGAAAGAAACGGGUUUGGGUGGCUAGGGUUUGGCCGGAAUCGAGGAGCUUUUCAGAUGAAGGUUAUGGGCCCGUUCCAUCAAGGUGGUGUGGAGUCUGUCAAAGUGGAAAUGGAGAUAAAUUCCAUUGCAGCAGGUCCAUUCUUUACACUGCACUUCUUCCACUGUGCACUCGCAUGCCAAGUGUGCGUUUACGGGUCAUUAGUCAAUCAAGCGAUUUGUUCAGGAAACAUUGUUAUGAAAUCAGUCCCCAAACUUCUCUUAACAGUACAAGACCUUAACUAUGAAGUUCUUCACAUUUAAGGACUAAACUUCUAAUAUUUUUACAUUUAAGGAUAGAUAUGUUUCAUUUUUACUCUUGUGACUCUGAAAAUACUCAAAAACAUGUUUUCUUAUAAAGGUAUACAAGUUUC